AUGGCGCAGUCUCGAGCAUCCAUUACUGCGUGGGACUACAGAACAGGAACCAACUUAAUGGUGCACAAGGGGGGUGGCGUCGUCCAACAACGCGCCAUUUCUUUAUUGAGGGGCCACUAUGUCGUAGCUGCAAAUAGCACCAAGCCUCUUCUGCACGUUUGGCUUUUUAAUUUACAACAGCAAGUGACCCAUGUAGGCUUCGUGUUGCCUGGUCGGGCCAACGCAAUGUCACUUUCACCUGAUACUCUUUAUCUUGUGGCAGCAAUUCAGGAAAACGUCUACAUUUGGCACUUCGCCGGGAAGAUGCUGAACACAAUUUCAAAGCAUUUUCAACCCAUCAACUGUAUACGUUUUGACGAGGACUCGCAUUUUUUUACAGCUUGCCAAGAUGAAUCUGUCAUGGUGUGGAACUUGACGACUGUGUAUGCGCGAGAUGACGACAAUCAAGCACCAAUGUAUACUUUCACUGAUUAUGGUCUUCCUGUAACAGACGUGCACAUUGUUGGUGGCAUACGAGGGCAUAUGAUAACAGUUUCACUGAAUCGUACAUGCAAAAUAUAUGAUUUACUUACUGGUAUACAGCUGUUAAAUGGUUUUGCGGAAGCAUUACACAGCGUAGUAGCAAACACUUUAGAAACGGAUGUAUAUGUAGGAACUGCUGCAGGCAAUAUCUAUGAUUUUUUUAUUUUUUCAUUUUAA